AUGUUCAAGCCGAUCCAAAGUACUACUGUUUACGGCGACGCAGACUGGGUAGCAUAUCUCCUGGGUCGGCCAGAAUAUCCUUCAAGCCUUUACAACAUCAUCCGAGCACACCACGCCAAGCAUGGGAAUGGUAAAUGGAAUAGAAUUGUUGACAUUGGCAGUGGGAUCGGCGUUGCUCUUACAGGUUUCGCGGAAGAUUUCGAAGUACUACACGUUUCAGAUCCCAGUGCCUCCAAUUUACACAAGGCAUGCCGCUUUCUAACUACGUGGAUGCAAUGCCAUGGAGCUAAAGCAACGUUGGAAUUUUCCCAAUCAGAAGGGGAAUUCGCCGACCAACUAGUGGGUUACAGCAGCUCGGACAUGGUGAUUUGCGCAGUUGCCGCGCACUUCAUGGAUCCUGAUGGACUGGUGCAAUCAGCCUCGAAUAUGCUACGACCAGGUGGCACCUUGGCAAUAUUCACCUAUAUGCACCCCUCAUUCCCGAACCAAUCCCGAGCAUUUACAGAGGCGUACCUCGACUCGCUUAUGAGUUCAAUCAUCUCGAGCAGUCGCGACAAUUCGAAGGCCAGCAGCGUGCUGUGGCAGGCAAUGUCAAGAAUGUAUUGUGGCGGGGGUGGACAAGACAACGUCCCGCUGCCAGCAAAACUCUUGACCAAACGCCACCGAUAUCAUAUCAACGCGAGCCAGGGGGAGAUGACCUGCCAAGGCAAAGCGUUGAAGUACCUUCCGGCGGGAGUCGACCUGCCACCGGUCAGGAUAUCGCCUUCCGAAAAGAUCAUUGCUUUGGAAAGCGGCGAGGACGCCGGCGGAGAUGGCUGGACCUUCGAGAUGAACAAGAAGUCUCUCUUUGAUUUUAUUGCAACGGUAGGGAAGCCAAUCGGUGAAGAAGACAACGAAGAGGUAUUGGCCAGCUAUGCGACGUUCGGUAAGAUUUUUGACGAGGAGUGUCCAUCUGGGUUCACCCUCGCUCGGUGGCCAUGCAAAAUUGCAAUUGGCACCCGGAAGUGA